AAGACCGCAUGGUGUUGCGUUGAGCCAGUGAAGCAAGAAGUGGAUGUUAGCGGACACACAUCGCAAGAGAUGUCCAGCGGUAACACUCCUACUUUAACUUUAAAAGAGAAGAAAAUAAUUUCUAGCAGCGGUCGGAAAAUAAUAUUUACCGCUGGGAGACCCCCGUGGUACAACCAUGUUGGAGAGGUUUGCUCUCCCUUUUUGAUAGGAAUUACUGGCGGAAGUGCUUCCGGGAAAACAACAGUGGCAACGUCCAUUAUUCAAGAGCUCGGUGUUCCGUGGGUUGUGCUUAUGUCUAUGGAUUCUUUUUAUAGAGAAUUAACCCCUAACGAGAAAAUUUUAGCGGAAGAAAACAAUUACGAUUUUGAUCAUCCGAAUGCUUUUGAUUUUGAUCUUUGCUAUGACGUUCUUAGAAAAUUGAAAUCUGGUAAAGGAGUCGAACUUCCGAUUUAUGAUUUCAAAACUCAUUCAAGAUCUAAAGAAACUCAGAAACUUUACGGGGCAAACGUUAUAAUCUUUGAAGGCAUCUUAUCUUUUUAUUCAAAAAAAAUAAGAGAUUUGAUGGAUAUGCUUAUUUUCGUCGAUACCGAUUCUGAUAUUCGUUUAGCCCGACGAUUGAAAAGAGACAUUACCGAGCGCGGUCGAGAUAUACACGGCGUUAUUAAACAAUACAAUCGUUUUGUAAAACCGGCUUUUGACGAAUUUAUAUUUCCAGCCAUAAAAUAUGCGCACAUGGUUGUUCCUCGUGGCGCUGAGAAUGUUGUUGCUAUUGAUCUGAUAGUGAAACAGGUGCAACGGCAGAUGCGAAGUAGAGGAUUUAAUUUCAGGGAGCAACUGUUAAACGCUCAUCAAAAUAAAACGUCUCCGAAUAGUUUAUUUUUACUUCCGGAAACGAAGCAAAUAAAGGGGCUUCACACGAUUAUACGGAACAAAGAAACACCACGUGACGACUUUGUGUUCUACUCUAACAGACUGAUGCGAUUGGCUGCUGAGUUUUGUUUAAGCUUACUUCCGUACCGAACAAAAGUUGUUGUAACCAAUCGCGGAAGAGAGUUUUCUGGACUUAAACUGACUGAAAAGCUUUGCGGAGUUUCUAUUAUUCGGGCUGGUGUUACUAUGGAGUCCUCCCUGCGAGCUAUAUGCAAGGAUAUUCCUAUAGGAAAAGUAUUAAUUCAAACCGAUCCUGUAACUGAGGAACCCGCUCUUCAUUAUCUUUGCUUGCCGAAAAAUAUAAAAGAUAAAAACGUUAUUCUACUGGAUCCCACAAUCGCUACAGGAGCCGCAGCAUUAAUGGCCAUCAGAAUUUUAUUAGAUCACGAUGUUAAAGAAGAGAAUAUAAUAUUUUUAAGCAUCAUCGCUGCGCCAGCCGGCAUCCACUCCGUUGCUUAUGCAUUUUCGAAAGUAAAAAUUGUGACGACUGCGGUGGAUGAAUAUGUUAAUGAAAAGUUUCAUAUUAUUCCCGGUUUAGGAAAUUUCGGUGACAGAUUUUUAGGGACGGAGUGAAAUUUAUA